ACUCGUGAACGGUGUUGCUUUUGAAAAAGAUAUAGUUUUCUUUCAUUCUCGAGCAAACCAGGGACGCUUAAUUUGUUCCUUUCUGUGACUAUCCUAUGUUUUUCAUUUAGUUUUUUGGCAAUUUUGCAUCGGGAUGCCACUCUGUUUGCUUCUUAGUUUAUGCCGUCCCCACCUUCGUUUCCCUUUUCUCGAACUCCUUUUGGCCUCCCUAUUAAUGGGUACACAUUAUCAUGGCCGUCGAUGUGAUGAAAAAUGAUAAAAAGUCUAUUUUCGAUUGUAUUACCUCGCGAUAGUUCUACUGUUGAUUGUUAGUACAUGUUACGAUGUAAAAGUCCUCUUCUAUUAGAUCAAAAUACUUGAUAUCUCUUGAAGCAUGAAAUUUCUGUCUGAUGGUCGUCUCUGGUUGUUCUCAAUUUGUUCUAAGGGCGUGUCAGCCAUUUUCUUCGUUGCGAACAAAGUCUGUCAGUUGCUUUGAGAAUUGUUGCACUUCGGGAUCUACAUGCUCCGUACGAUGACGGGAGUGCGACAACAUGUUUAUUUCAGCAUUGGAGAACCCUCUGUAACUCAGCAUUGCGGCUUGCUAACCUGAGAAAUAUGCGUCCGAAUGAAGGAAGCAAUCUAAAAUAUGCAUAUUGCAGGAUAUGCUUGGCUUGCUUGCUCUGUUUGCGUUUCCUGACGGGCUCCUGAACUUGAUAUAAAUGCAGGGAAUUUAUCCGUUCCCCUGUGGAAGCAGUAGGCCGGAAUUUUGGUUCUCUAUUUGACAUCUAGUGAAACUGUGCUAAAGUUUUGCGCGUAUGCCGGGGAGCAAGUAUAACCGCAACCCAGGCGUUCCUGCCACUAGAGUGGAAAGGUUAUUGAGAGAAAGAGGACUUCGGAAGAUUAACAGAGGAAUCAAUUCGGGGGAUGAGAAUCUCGAUGACGAGGAACGACAGGAAGAGGUGGCAACUGAAGUCGCAAAUUCGUAUGGUGAUAGAUGCGGCAGGGAAGAUGGAAGACCUGUGAAGCAGAGGUUGUUGGUUGUAGCUAACCGGCUUCCAGUCUCCGCGAUCAGGAAAGGAAAGGAUUCAUGGUCGUUGGAGAUUAGUGCUGGAGGUCUGGUCAGCGCUCUUCUUGGUGUGAAACAGUUUGAGACCAAGUGGAUCGGAUGGGCUGGUGUCAAUGUGCCAGAUGAAAAUGGUCAGCAGGCACUCACGAAAGCGUUAGCAGAGAAGAGGUGCAUACCUGUUUUUCUUGAUGAGGAUAUAGUGCACCAGUAUUAUAAUGGAUACUGCAACAAUAUUUUGUGGCCUCUCUUUCAUUACCUUGGUCUUCCUCAAGAGGAUCGCCUCGCUACUACACGCAGUUUUCAGUCCCAGUUUGACGCAUAUAAGAAGGCCAACCAAAUGUUUGCUGAUGUGGUCAAUGAACAUUAUCAAGAAGGAGACGUGGUGUGGUGCCAUGAUUAUCAUCUGAUGUUUCUGCCUAAAUACCUUAAGGAGCGGAACAGCCAGAUGAAAGUUGGUUGGUUUCUUCAUACACCUUUUCCUUCAUCUGAGAUCCACAGGACGUUACCAUCCCGUUCAGAACUUUUAAGAUCUGUUCUUGCCGCUGACUUAGUUGGCUUCCACACCUAUGAUUAUGCGAGACAUUUCGUUAGUGCUUGCACUCGUAUACUUGGACUUGAGGGCACACCGCAAGGUGUGGAGGAUCAGGGGAAGCUAACCCGUGUUGCUGCGUUUCCUAUUGGAAUAGACCCAGAGAGGUUCAUUCGGGCACUGGAGCUUCCACCUGUCCAAGAACAUAUCAGAGAGUUAAAAGAGCGAUUUGCUGGAAGAAAGGUAAUGUUGGGCGUUGAUCGACUUGACAUGAUUAAAGGAAUUCCUCAGAAGAUUUUGGCAUUUGAAAAGUUUCUUGAGGAAAAUCCUCAUUGGCGUGACAAAGUUGUUCUAUUGCAAAUAGCUGUUCCUACAAGGACAGACGUUCCAGAAUACCAAAGGCUCACAAGUCAGGUACAUGAGAUCGUUGGGCGUAUCAAUGGUCGCUUUGGUACAUUGACGGCAGUUCCUAUACAUCACUUGGACCGUUCACUUGAUUUUCAUGCUCUGUGUGCACUAUAUGCAAUCACAGAUGUUGCAUUAGUUACUUCCUUGCGUGAUGGAAUGAAUCUUGUUAGUUAUGAGUUUGUAGCAUGCCAAGAUGCAAAAAAGGGUGUUCUUAUUCUUAGUGAAUUUGCAGGAGCUGCACAGUCUCUUGGCGCCGGUGCUUUACUUGUUAAUCCGUGGAAUAUUACAGAAGUUGCUGCUUCAAUUGGUCAGGCAUUAGAUAUGCCUGCAGAUGAGAGAGAGAAAAGGCAUAAGCAUAACUUUCAACAUGUCACCACCCACACUGCCCAAGUGUGGGCCGAAACCUUUGUUAGUGAGCUUAAUGACACUGUUGUUGAAGCCCAGUUGAGGACAAGGCAAAUACCACCCUCGCUUCCAAUCAAAACUGCUGUUGAGCGUUACUUGCAUGCAAGGAAUCGACUCCUGAUACUGGGAUUCAAUGCCACAUUAACAUCUCUAGUGGACAGUCCAGGACGAAGAGGCGCUGAUCAGAUUAAAGAGAUGGAGCUUACAUUGCAUCCAGAUUUGAAAGUGCCUCUUACGAUUCUUUGUUCUGAUCCAAGGACAACAAUGGUUGUGCUAAGUGGAAGUGAUAGGAACAUACUAGAUUUGAACUUUGGGGACUAUCACAUGUGGCUAGCUGCUGAAAAUGGAAUGUUCUUACGACUUACUCAAGGAGAAUGGAUGACCACAAUGCCCGAGCACCUAAAUAUGGACUGGGUAGAGAGUGUGCAGGAUGUUUUUGAAUAUUUCACAGAAAGAACACCUAGGUCCUACGUUGAAGUUCGGGAAACUUCUUUAGUGUGGAAUUACAAGUAUGCUGAUGUUGAAUUUGGAAGGCUUCAAGCAAGGGAUAUGUUGCAGCAUCUAUGGACUGGUCCAAUUUCAAAUGCAGCUGUAGAUGUUGUUCAAGGCAGCCGAUCAGUUGAGGUCCGCUCUGUUGGUGUUUCAAAGGGUGCAGCAAUUGACCGAAUCUUGGGAGAAAUAGUUCAUAGCAAAUCUUUGGCAACGCCAAUUGAUUAUGUUCUGUGCAUUGGCCACUUUCUGGGGAAGGAUGAGGACAUCUACACUUUCUUUGAGCCAGAGUUGCCAUGUGAUGCACCCGGAACAACACGAGGAAAGGUGACUGAGUCUGUCAAGACAUUGCCAGAGAAGCGGUCAAUGCAAAAAACUCCUGGCAAAAGUGGUGGAAAGCCAAUGCAUGGUCGCACAAACAAGUUGUCUUCCUUUUCCGAAAAAAGAACAUCAGGUAGCAAUAGUGGAAGCUGCAGAGGAGGGCAUGAAACUGCUGCUUGGCGUGAAGGUUCAUCUGUGCUUGACCUGAAGGGUGAGAACUACUUCUCUUGUGCAGUAGGACGGAAGCGCUCUGCUGCACGUUACCUGCUCAGUUCAUCAGAGGAAGUUGUGUCCUUCCUGAAGGAAAUGGCAGGAGCAUGCGAAGUUGGUGAAGGGCAGUGUGCAUAUUUCUCAAGGUAGUGGUGUGGCAUGAGUUCUCUGUGGUCGCAUAUUCAUCCUUUGCACUGGACUGCCAUAGGUUAUUGGGCGGAAGAAGGGCCCGGGACUAUGGAAAUGCCUUUAUUUGAAGAGCAAGACAUCUGGUGGUCCCUCAACCUGAGUGCCUAUAGGGGCUGGUCUACCACAUUAAGUGAUGCUAGCGAUGUGAUCCUGUUAUUGCAGUAGGUGAUUUGAGAUAUCUCAAGAGAGCUCCUUGUGGAGAUGUGCUUUGUUUUGCAUGUGUAUUGUAUCUGCAGGGUUUUCUGUUGGUGUUUGUCACAAUGACCAUAAUCAAUAGUCAAUAGACUAUCAGCAUGGCUUUGUAAACCAUGAGGGUUUUGCAUCUAUUUCUUCUGUUGAAGUUAUGAUUCCAGUGUGUGGCAUAAGUCAUACGACUUAUGGUGGUACCCAUGAGGUUUAGUCUUCAUUUUAAU